UGUUACGCUUUUAAUGAGUAUUUUUUGUAUUUUUUGUAUUAAUAAUUACAAAUUGUUCAAACGUUAAAACAUUAUAAUCUUGCAAAUUUAAAAUAUUUAUUGCCUCAGGCAACUAUACAUAUUAUAACGAUGCCAUCGACAGAAUUACGAAGUUCAUCAACAGGAAAGAAAAUUGAAAGCAAAAUGAAGCUUUAUAACAAUAUGCAUUGGUAUGAACAGGAAUUAUCAAAAACUAUUACUAAACUCAGCUUAACUUAUUUCGAAGUUAACCAAGAAAUAUUGAACAAUUUGAGCAACUAUCUGAAAAUGGAAGAAUGUCUUGUUCAUGAACUAGUACUUGAUAGAAUUAAUCUGUCAAAUUUAAAUUAUUUAUGCUGUUUAACACCAGAUAUCAAAGUGAAAAAAUUAUGGUUGAGAUUUUGUCAACUUAAAGAUAAAGGAGUUAACUAUCUUUUGGAUAUUUUGGAUGAAACAAGUGGAAAAACACAAUUGAAUUCAUUGUACUUAGAUUGCAAUGGUAUAACAUGUGAAGGAGCAAAAAAAAUAGCACAGAUUUUAAGAACAAACAGAACAUUAAAAUCACUUUCCUUGGCUAGAAAUUUGAUUAAGGAUGAAGGUGCAUUUGCUUUAAUGAGUGUUUUGUCAAAAUUUCAACUCAAUAGUGAUGAAAUUGAUUGGAAAUCUACGCAAGAACAAAAAAGCAAUAGGAUUUUAGAAUAUUUGAUGGAUAUUCUAGCUCAAAAAUUAAAAGAAAAAAAUAGUCCAUCAAAUGAUAGUAUUAACUGUGCUGGGUUAACAUCAAUUGAAUUGGCUAGUCUCAAACAAAGAGCUGAAAAUAUGAUUUUUCCACACACACACCCAUAUUUAACAGGUCAAUUAUUAAAAAGUGAAUUGAAUUAUCAUAGUCCAGGAAAUUUUAAAAUUGAAUACUUAAAUAUUUCAUACAACCGAUUUAGCUCAAACAUUUUAAGUGUCAUAGAGCAAAUAUUUCAUUAUCAACAAAAAGUGUGUAUGGCUAAAGAAGGACUAAGAAAUAUAAAAAUUGAAGGGUUUGAUAAGAAGCAAAUAGAAAGGAUAAACAAACUAAUUGAAGGAAAGCUACGUUUAGAUAACAGGAGUAAAAAAUUUCGCUGAUUGCAUAUAUAUGUCAUGUUAUUACAUUUAAUAAAUCUUAUCUUAAUGGUAUUUAA